ACCCGAAGUCCCGGGAGGAGCCGGCCGGUGGCCACGUGACCGACCGCGGCUGGGCCGGCUGCCCAGAAAUAGCAGCGACGGCGGUCCCGCCCGCGGGCUGCCGCGAGCGAAAGGCGGGGACUGGAGGACGCAGGCUGGACACGGGCGCGGCGCGGCCCCGGCCCCGGAGGAUGCUAAGCCCCUGCCCGGUCCGGCCCCGAGCACAUGAUGGCGAUACGGGAGCUCAAAGUGUGUCUUCUCGGGGACACUGGGGUUGGGAAAUCAAGCAUUGUGUGUCGGUUUGUCCAGGAUCACUUUGACCACAACAUCAGCCCAACCAUCGGGGCAUCUUUUAUGACCAAAACUGUGCCUUGUGGAAAUGAGCUUCAUAAGUUCCUCAUCUGGGACACUGCUGGGCAGGAACGGUUUCACUCACUGGCUCCCAUGUACUAUCGUGGAUCCGCUGCAGCUGUCAUAGUAUAUGAUAUUACCAAACAGGAUUCAUUUCAUACCCUGAAGAAAUGGGUGAAAGAACUGAAGGAGCAUGGUCCAGAAAACAUUGUAAUGGCUAUUGCUGGAAACAAGUGUGAUCUCUCAGACAUUAGGGAAGUUCCCUUGAAGGACGCUAAGGAAUAUGCCGAAUCCAUAGGUGCUGUCGUGGUUGAAACAAGUGCAAAAAAUGCUAUUAAUAUCGAAGAGCUCUUUCAAGGAAUCAGUCGCCAGAUCCCACCUUUGGACCCCCAUGAAAAUGGAAACAAUGGAGCGAUCAAACUUGGGAAGCAAGCCACGCAAGCCAGCCGGCGCUGCUGCUGACUUGUGGGCCAUGGUCCUCUGUACUUGAAGAAGCCAGAGCCGACCUCCCAUUCUCGGCAGCCUGGAACCCCACGUGGGGAGAAGUGGGAUGCUGGCUUGGCAUCUUGGAAGACCUGUGGUGGUGGGGCAGGAAACGUCCCUGGAAAAGGCUUUUAGAAAAAUCCGUUACACUGCCCCGAAAUGGCCUUUGGUACAUGAAAUGCACCCAGGAGGGAACAGGUGUUAGGUCAUGAGUACAAUUGAUUUUUUGUUAAAAACCUUAAAAUAUUCUUAAAUUUGUACAGCAGCCACACUGGCUUAUAUGUGUGUGAGAGUGUAAAGUGAUGAUCCAUUCUGGUUUCCUGUGCUCCCCAGCCCAGUUUCAAUAAGUUCUUCAGUGCCAUUGCCUCUGUUACCUGACCAGCCUUCACGGAAAUGUUCAUUUAAUUUAAUUUAAUUUAUCUUUCAAUGGGGUGUAAUUGGCCCAUCACUCAAGCUAUAGACUUGAGCCAUUACGAAAGUGGAGAAAGAUGUAUUAGAAACUGUUGACUACAUCUCUUUUACUUGAUGCCCAUUUUUCUUUUAGUCAUAUAUAAACAAACCAAAUCUGACUAAGACACUGCAUGCAAUUUUGCGAGUGGGAGGCCUAGUUUGAAAGAAUCAUUUAAGUAAGUACCGUGUAAGCAGUGACAGAGGUGGGGUAUAAAUAUUUUUCCAGACACUGACUAGUAUGAUCAUCUCCACAGUAAUAAACGCCUACCCUCUUAGAGAAGGUUAAUGCACACAGUAUGAUUUUACUAAUGUCUUGGUGUCAUAUCUAGGAGGAAAAUUACCCGGAGGAUGUUCGAAUCUAGAUCUUAGGGCACACUUUCAAGAAUAUCAAUUAAACUGGAACCUCAGAAAAAAAAAAAAAAGAA